CAAGCAAGCAAGCAAGGGAAGAAAGAAGGGAAGAAAGGAAGGCGGGCGGGCGGGCCGGCGGGCGAGGACGCGGAGCCGCCCCGACCCAGCACCGCCCGCCGCGGCCGCCGCCGCUGGAGCCCCCUUCCCAUCCAGGAGCCGGGGAGGGGGGCGAGGGCAAAGGACCCUGGCCCGCCGCAGCCCCGCCCCCCGCUCCUCGCCGCUGCAGGCCUCGCACCCCAAUUCCUGCGCUUCACUGGGGGGGUCGCCCCCCCGCCGGGCAUGCUGCCCCCGGAAGGAGCCCCCGUCCGCGCUUGGCCACGUGACUGUGGGCACGCACUUGGUCUCAGCCUCCAUUGUCCCUUCUGCAGGAUGGGCACAGAGGCCUCUGGAGCCCCCCAGCGUCCAGGCGGAGCAUGAGCAGUGAGGAUGGCGUGUGCCCGCGGCUCCCUGUGCCCCCCACUGCCGCCUGGUAGGAUGUCCUGGCCCCACUGGGCCCUGCUCCUGCUCUGGCUCUUCUCCCCGCCCCUGGGAGCCGGCGGGGGCGGUGUGGCCAUGACUGUGGCUGCUAGUGGGGGCUCCCCACCGGCCACCUCCUGCCCUGCAGCCUGCUCCUGCAGCAACCAGGCCAGCCGGGUGAUCUGCACACGGAGAGAGCUGGCCGAGGUGCCUGCCAGCAUCCCUGUCAACACUCGCUACCUGAACCUGCAGGAGAAUGGUAUCCAGGUGAUCCGCACCGACACCUUCAAGCACCUGCGGCACCUGGAGAUCCUGCAGCUGAGCAAGAACCUGGUGCGAAAGAUCGAGGUGGGUGCCUUCAACGGGCUGCCCAGCCUCAACACGCUGGAGCUGUUCGACAACCGGCUGACCACGGUGCCCACGCAGGCCUUCGAAUACCUGUCCAAGCUGCGGGAGCUGUGGCUGCGCAACAACCCCAUCGAGAGCAUCCCCUCGUACGCCUUCAACCGCGUGCCCUCGCUGCGGCGCCUGGACCUGGGCGAGCUCAAGCGGCUCGAGUACAUCUCGGAGGCGGCCUUUGAGGGGCUCGUCAACCUGCGCUACCUCAACCUGGGCAUGUGCAACCUCAAGGACAUCCCCAACCUGACGGCCCUGGUGCGCCUCGAGGAGCUGGAGCUCUCGGGCAACCGGCUGGACCUCAUCCGGCCCGGCUCCUUCCAGGGCCUCACGAGCCUGCGCAAGCUGUGGCUCAUGCACGCCCAGGUGGCCACCAUCGAGCGCAACGCCUUCGACGACCUCAAGUCGCUGGAGGAACUCAACCUGUCCCACAACAACCUGAUGUCGCUGCCGCACGACCUCUUCACGCCGCUGCACCGCCUCGAGCGCGUGCACCUGAACCACAACCCCUGGCACUGCAACUGCGACGUGCUGUGGCUCAGCUGGUGGCUCAAGGAGACGGUGCCCAGCAACACGACGUGCUGCGCGCGCUGCCACGCGCCCGCCGGCCUCAAGGGCCGCUACAUCGGCGAGCUGGACCAGUCGCACUUCACCUGCUACGCACCCGUCAUCGUGGAGCCUCCCACGGACCUCAACGUCACGGAGGGCAUGGCGGCCGAGCUCAAGUGCCGCACGGGCACGUCCAUGACAUCUGUCAACUGGCUGACGCCCAACGGCACGCUCAUGACGCACGGCUCGUACCGCGUGCGCAUCUCCGUCCUUCACGACGGCACACUCAACUUCACCAACGUCACGGUGCAGGACACGGGCCAGUACACGUGCAUGGUCACCAACUCGGCCGGCAACACCACCGCCUCCGCCACGCUCAACGUCUCGGCCGUGGACCCCGUGGCGGCCGGGGGCGCAGGUCCCAGCGGCGGGGGCGCCGGGGGUCCCGGGGGCGGCGCUGGCGGCGGGGGCGCCGGCGGCUACACCUACUUCACCACGGUCACCGUGGAGACCCUGGAGACGCAGCCGGGGGAGGAGGCUCUGCAGCCGCGGGGCACCGAGAAGGAGCCGCCGGGGCCCACGACGGACGGCGUGUGGGGCGGGGGCCGGCCGGGGGACGCUGCGGGCCCGGCCUCGUCGUCCACCACGGCGCCCGCGCCGCGCUCCUCGCGCCCCACGGAGAAGGCGUUCACGGUGCCCAUCACGGACGUGACGGAGAACGCCCUCAAGGACCUGGACGACGUCAUGAAGACCACCAAGAUCAUCAUCGGCUGCUUCGUGGCCAUCACCUUCAUGGCCGCCGUGAUGCUCGUGGCCUUCUACAAGCUCCGCAAGCAGCACCAGUUGCACAAGCACCACGGGCCCACGCGCACCGUGGAGAUCAUCAACGUGGAGGACGAGCUGCCCGCCGCCUCGGCCGUGUCCGUGGCCGCAGCCGCCGCCGCCGCGGGUGCGGGAGGCGUGGGCGGGGACAGCCACCUGGCCCUGCCGGCCCUGGAGCGCGACCACCUCAACCACCACCACUACGUGGCGGCCGCCUUCAAGGCGCACUACGGCGGCGCCGCGGGCGGCGGGGGCUGCGGCAAGGGCCCGCCCGGCCUCAACUCCAUCCACGAACCUCUGCUCUUCAAGAGCGGCUCCAAGGAGAACGUGCAAGAGACGCAGAUCUGA